GGAUUCUUUUUAAUUUCGCGAAUAAUAGUGCUUUCAUCUCGUUGAGUUAAUUUUUUUAAUGGCCUUUGCAGGAUUCAUCUACAAGACUCUCUGUAGUUUUCCAUUUUUGUUUUUAUAAGAUAGUGAAAUAUACUUUGAUGUAACAUGAUGGAUUACUUCCAAAUUUUAUGCGGCAUUGCCGUGCUGCUUCUCUCGAUCUAUUACUAUUUCUCUUCCACCUAUGACUACUGGAAGAAACGGGACAUACCUGGGCCACAACCUACAAUUAUUAUUGGCAAUUUUACGGAUGUAAUCCUUAGAAGAUUGUCAAUAGGCGAUACUUUGAUCAAAUUUUACAAUGAAUACAAGAAUGAGCCAGUGUUUGGAUUAUUCGAGGGAAGUUUACCUGUUCUUGUUAUUAAUAACAUGGAUAUGAUUAAGGACAUUCUCAUCAAGGACUUCUCUGUGUUCGUCGACCGAGGGUUCCGCAUCUUUCCAAAGAUAGAAAAACUGGGAGAGAAUCUUUUCUUAUUGGAGCCUGAAAGAUGGAGGCCGAUGAGAGCAAAACUGUCACCAAUAUUUACAUCUGGCAAGCUGAAAGAUAUGUUUCCCCUUCUGAUAGAAUGCGCAGGACAUCUGGAAAAAUAUAUGGACAGCGUAAUAAUAACUGAAGAGUCUACAGACUGUCGAGAAUUGACAGCAAAAUUCACAACCGAUGUGAUCGGUAGCUGCGUCUUUGGAAUUAAUAUGAAUGCUCUCUCGGAAGAAGAGAGCGAAUUUCGUCGAAUGGGCAGAAAACUGUUUGCGCCUAGCUUUAAACAAGUAAUCAGAGAGACCUUCAGACAAUUUAUGCCAUACUUAUACGAAGUAUUCGGUCAGUAUCUACAACCGAAAGAAGUCGAUAAUUUCUUCGUAAAUGUGGUCAAAGAUACAAUGAAUUAUAGAAAAGAGAACAACAUAGUUAGGCCUGAUUUCAUCCACAUGCUAAUGGAACUUAAAAAACACCCAGAGAAAUUAGAAAAAAUUG